CGGGCCGGGCCGGGCCGGGCCGGGCCAUGGCGCUGCUGCUGGAGCACGAGUUCAAGCCGCUGCCGGCCGAUAAGCAGAUCGAGACGCUGCCCUUCCUGGAAGCUGUGGCGCACCUGCCGCCCUUUUUCGAUUGCCUGGGGACUCCCAUCGUCUACUCGCCAGUCAAAGCAGACCUGACUGGAAAUAUCAAGAAAAUCCGGGCGGUUUACGACUCCAACCCUGCCAAGUUCAAAACGCUGCAGAACAUCCUGGAGGUGGAGAAGGAGAUGCACGGCUCAGCCUGGCCCAAGACGGGCGCGACGCUGGCGCUGAUGUGGUUGAAAAGGGGCCUGAAGUUCAUGCUGGUGUUGCUGCAGAGCAUCUCCGAUGGCGAGCGGGACGAGGAGCAUCCGAACCUCAUCCGGGUGAAUGCCAUGAAGGCUUACGAGAUCGCGCUGAAGAAAUACCACGGCUGGAUGCUGCAGAAGCUGUUCAUGGGCUCAGUCUAUGCUCUUCCGUACAAAUCAGAUUUGCUGAAGGCAUUAGAGAAAGGUAAAGACGUCAAAGAGGAGGAAAGCAUAGAGAAGAUUCAUCAGUUUCUCUUGAGGGUCACUCCCAUCCUGGAUGCGAUUUAUGAGAUGUACACAAAGAUGAACGCCGAGCUGAGCUACAAAGCCUAAGGCUUGCACGGGACUGGCAGGGCUGAAAUAAGGUGUGACGGGUGCUACCUGUGUCUUAAUCACUGAGGCAGCCAGGGCUGCUCCCGGCUGUCAGGCGACUUUGAUUCUCCUCUGGAUCUGCAGUGGAUAACCUGUUUUCUUAAAAAAGAAAAAAAAAAUUCAUUUUCU